AUGAGUGGUUUGGUAGAGGUGGGAGAGGAAGAGUUGUUGUCGGCACAAGGUGGUCACUUUCUGUCGGCAUUGUCUUUAUCUAACGAUGAUACUGGGUGGCACCCUAUCAUCGCCUGUCAGAAAGAGAGCUCUGCAAUAUUGAACCUGGGUUCGACAAUGUCUAAACUUGUCGUUGGUGUUGUUUUGGGGGCCCAUUUGUGCUUUUGUUUAUGGGCUGGGUUAGUGUGUUGUGUUGCUUGUUUCGCUGAAGUUUUUGGUGCCGUUGGAUCUGCCUUUGAAGAGUCCAGUUUGUGGUUCCUUACAAGUGGUAUCAGAGGCCGUUCCUCCUUUACAAGAAUGGUUAACAACGCACAGUUAGAGCAACAACUGCUGGCCCUUCAAGCCAAGUAUGAUGACCAGGCUGCGCAGCUACAAGUCCAGUUGCAGGAGAGAGAUUUGCGGCACCAACAAACUUUAGCGGAGAUCAUGAAUCGAUUGGAUGUACGUGAUUCGUCAGGUGCCUCAUCUGUUGCCCAGAGUUCAGCGCAGGGCCGACAACCCUACAUGGAAGACAGACCGCGAAUUGAUUUUCCCCGAUUUUCCGGUGAGGAUCUAGAGACUUGGAUCUAUAAAUCCCAGCAAUAUUUUGAUUACUAUCAAGUACCCAUUACCAAGCAAGUCACUACGGCCAAGUUCUACCUUGAGGGUAAGGCUUUGGUUUGGUUUCGAGAGGUGGAGCAAACGGGUCAGAUCACUUCUUUUGAAAGUUUGGUCACAGCAGUGAAAUCCAGGUUUGGGACCACUCCUCUAGUAAGUCCAAUGGUGGAUCUAAUGCGCCUGAGACAGGAGCAUACAGUGGAGGUGUAUAAGGAGAAGUUUGAGGAGAUCAUUUUGAAGAUACAAGAUCUUUCUGAGCGUCAUAAGCUCAGUUGUUUCAUCGGAGGUCUUAAGGAAGAGAUUAGACUUUCAGUGCAAAUGCUCAAGCCCCAAUCCUCGAAUGAAGCUUAUGAACUUGCAAGGAUGCAGCAGGAAAUUUUGGCUGUGAGGAAGUCAAAUAAGUCGAAUGCUCCCGGGGCUACUCCAGCGAAACUGGAUCCGGGUGGGGGGCAGCAAGAUAAAACAGAGUCAAGCCCAGGAGGAAAUAUGCGAAGGAGUGGAGGUAACAACAUUAACUCACUGCCUGUCCAGAAAAUCACUCCUCAACAAAUGAAGGAGAAAAGGGAAAAGGGUCUCUGUUUCCAUUGUGACCAGAAAUGGGUACCAGGGCAUAAAUGUUCCAGUCCGAAGUUGUUCUUUAUUGAAAUGGAGGAGCCAACAAAUAGGGAGUCAAUUGAAGUUCAAGAAGAUGUAGUGGGAGAGUUGGUAGGGGAAACCAUUGAACCUAAACUCAUGAAGAUUCAGUUCGAGCCAACCGUGACUUUACAAGCUAUUAGAGGAGAUACCAGCCCAGAGACGAUGAGGGUGGUAGGUUAUGUGGGUAGCAUGCCGUUGACAAUAUUGGUGGAUAGUGGAGCCACCCACAAUUUUGUGGAUGCAACCAUUGCGACUCAAUUGGAAUUACCAGUGAAGUCAAUAGGACCCACACCGGUAAAGGUGGCAAAUGGUGAGAAGCUACAGUGUUGCGGGUUGAUUGAAAGACUAGUGGUGAGGUGUCAAGGCACCAAUUUUCCAGUUUCAGGUUACAUUGUUCCUCUGGGUGGCUGUGACUUAGUUUUGGGAAUAGAGUGGCUACAAGAGUUGGGGAAUAUUUGCUGGAAUUUCCAAGAACUGACGAUGGCUUUCAUUUGGCAAGGGAAGCAGUGUGAUUUGAGGGGUUUGCACAGCCAAAAAGAAGCUGUUAGCUCUAUGCAGCUUAUGGAAAAAUGGAGGCCAAGGGGGAAACACGGGAUCUGGUUGCAGAUGCUUGACUCUAAGAUGGCCAUUCAACAGGUUGGUCAACAGACCAUGCCCAUGACAAUCAAGGGGGUUAUAGAUGAUUUUUCUGGGGUAUUUAGUGAGCACAAGGGGCUGCCACCGUCCAGGUUUCAUGUGCAUCGUAUUUUGCUCAAGGAGGGGACACUUCCUGUUAACCUCAGACCUUAUCGGUAUCCCCAUUUCCAGAAGUCUGAAAUAGAAAAGAUUGUGAAAGAGUUAUUGUUGGCAGGGGUUAUUAGACCGAGUGUUAGUCCUUUUUCUAGUCCGGUUCUUUUGGUUCGGAAGACGGAUGAGUCAUGGCGGAUGUGUAUUGAUUACAGAGCACUAAACAAGGCUACGGUCAAGGAUAAAUUUCCAAUUCCCAUUAUUGAGGAACUUUUGGAUGAACUUUAUGGGGCAGCCAUCUUCUCCAAGUUAGACUUACGCUCCGGUUAUCAUCAGAUUCUUAUGGCUGAGGAGGACAUUGAAAAAACAGCGUUCCGAACUCAUCAUGGACACUAUGAAUUUUUGGUCAUGCCUUUCGGGUUGACCAAUGCUCCUUCUACUUUUCAGAGUCUGAUGAAUAAGGUUUUUGAGCCUUAUUUACGACGAUUCAUCCUAGUUUUCUUUGAUGAUAUACUCGUUUAUAGCAAAAAUAUGGGUGAGCAUGUGGAGCAUUUGAAGUUAGCUUUGGAAGUUUUGAAGGAUCAUCAAUUAUACGCCAAAUUUUCUAAGUGCAGUUUUGCAGCUCCGGAAGUAGUCUAUUUGGGGCAUGUAGUCACAGCCGAGGGUGUCAAAGCUGAUCCAAAGAAAUUGGAGGCGAUGCUUGAUUGGCCGAGGCCUACCACCGUGAAAGGUUUGAGGGGUUUCCUCGGCCUUACCGGGUAUUACCGUAAAUUUAUAAAAAAUUAUGCUCAAUGA